AUGACAUCAUCACCACCCACCGGCGUCUUCGUCCCUGUCCCAACCUUCUUCAAACCCCAAUCCGAAUCCAAAUCGCUGCAACCCGCUGUUGACGUGCAAACACAAGUUGAGCACUCUGUCUUCCUUGCCAAAAAUGGUGUGCGAGGCCUUGUCCUGCUCGGCUCGACGGGUGAAGCCAUUCACAUGUCACGACAAGAGCGCAUUGACCUUGUUUCUGGUGUGCGCAAAGGGCUAGAUGAGGCGGGCUUCAAGGACUACCCAAUCAUGGCUGGUACACUAAUUAACAGUGUGGAUGAGACACUGGAGUGGCUAGAGGACUUCAAGAAGGCGGGUGCGCAAUGGGGACUUGUACUUGCGCCAGGGUACUUUGGUGCGGCGGCGAGCCAGGAAGGCAUUAGGGAGUGGUAUACGGUUGUUGCGGACAAGAGCCCCCUACCAGUACUAAUAUACAACUACCCCGGCGUAACCAACGGCGUAAUGGUCACCCCCGAGACCUACCGCAUCCUCGCCCAACACCCCAACAUCGUCGGUUGCAAGAUGUCACACGCAGUCGUCUCGUGGCACAACCAAGUCUCCCUUGACCCCAAGAUCGACCAUAACAAAUUCCGUGUCUACUCUGGUCUCGGCCAACAACUCGGUCCCAUCGUCAUUUUCGAUGCGGCAGGUGUCAUCGAUGGCCUAGCAGCCAUAUACCCCAAGACUGUAUGCUCCUUAAUGAAGCUGGCAGAGACGAGACCCAUAAGUGAUGAGAAUCUCAAAAAGAUGAAGGAACUGCAAUACACGGUCAGCACUGCCGAGGAAUUCAUUGGCAAGUACGGCAUUGUAGGCAUCAAGGAGGCUGUAAAGAGGGUUACCGGUUUUGGAACAAUGGAAGGUGGCCGACUGCCCAUCAAGGGUAAGCUUCCUGAGGGUGAGUGGGAGAAGUGGAGCGAAACCUGGGAAAGGAUACAGAAGACGGAAGAUUCGUUGAGCGAGAAGGACUUUAAGUAG